AUGACCAAAUACACGGAGUUUCAAGUGGUGGUGUUAGCUGGUGGUAAAGGAUCACGAAUGACUGAGUUAACAGCAGGAAAAACAAAGUGUCUUUUACCAAUUCACAACGUCCCGAUGAUCUGGUAUUCACUAAAAUCCCUGGAAAAUGCCGGAUUCACCGAAGCAAUAGUUAUUGUUAUAGAAAAUACUAAAAAAGAAAUAACAGCUGCUUUAGACAAGUUGAAUUUAAACAUCAAGUUGGAGCUGGUCGGUAUUCCAGAGAGCGAAGAUCUGGGAACAGCUGACGCUGUUAGAUACAUUCACGAUAAAAUUCACAAGGAUUUCAUCGUUGUUUCCUGUGAUUUGAUCGCUGAUAUAAAUAUUCCAGAGGUGUUGAAUUUGUACCGAAGAAAUAAAGCCAGCAUCACUGCUGUCAUGUUCCCACUGCCCAAGAUACCCUUGACUUUUGUCGUUCCAGGGCCUAAAAGUAAACAAAAACCUGAAACAGAUCUCAUUGGGAUAGAUAAUAAAACCAACAGACUAGUCUUCCUAGCUUCUGCGUCAGAUUUUGAAGAAGAUCUUUAUAUUUCACAGAAAUUACUCCAAAAGCAUACUAACUUUACCAUGCACUCUAAAUUAUUAGAUGCUCAUUUUUAUGUAAUCAGUAAAUGGGUUCUUGAUUUUUUGGUACACAAUAAGAGCUUUGGAACUCUCAAGGGUGAAUUGUUUCCUUACAUCGUCAAAAAACAACUCAGUCGUCCACCAAAGCCAUCCGUAGUAGACGAUAAAAAUGCCUCAGUAGUAAAAAUGGAUCUUAAAGAUGACAUUUAUCGCUUUGCUGUUGAAAGCAAGCUGGAUACCUUGAUCAGAAAAAUGUCUGCUUUUAAUGAUCAUGAUUCUGACCUCGAUAAUGCUUAUCAUGAUGAUAUUAUCAGGUGUUAUGCUUACAUGAUACCUAAUAAUGGCGGACUUAGAGCCAAUACUGUACAAAUGUAUAGCUUUGCUAAUAGUAUGACAUCCGGUUUUAUACCGAGUAAUGUAUCAUUACCUGUAAUUUCUUCACUCUCUACAGUGAAGAGUACUCAAAUUUCAAAUUGUAAUGUCGACGAAGGAGCGUUGAUCGAUGAAAAAACAUCAGUAAAAGAUUCUCAUAUAGGUCCAGCUUCGAUUAUUGAACCCAAGACACGCGUCUCCAAUUGUGUUAUCAUGGGAAAUGUAACUAUUAAAGAAAGAUGUGUUGUACAAAAUUGUAUUUUAUGUAAUGGCUGUAUUGUCGAGGAAGGAUGCGAAUUGAAAGAUUGUCUCGUUGGUACUGAGCAUGUCGUGCGUGGAGGAAGCAAUCACUCUCGUGAAGUCUUGACAGAAUCUGAUAGAUUUAUGGAAAUUUAA